AUGAAAAGUUAAAAUUAUUCAUGUUACUAUAUGAACAGGAAAAUAAUAGGCUCGUCGCGUAUGGACAUAAUUAGUAACAGUAUUGCACCGCUGCCGAACAUAUAUAAAAGUAUUUAAAUCAUUAUAAAUAUGCUUAUAUUUUGCUUGUGGUUGUUCAUGAUCAAUCCCCUUUUAGCCUCGGAUAACUCGUUAGCGCCUAAUGAAUGGAGCUCUUUGAACUUGGACGAAAUACAUUAUAUAUACAUAGAUUUAGAAGAAAUCGAGGGAUUGGUAUAUGGGUUUGAUAAAUUGAAUAAUACAGAAUUACAAUUCGACUUUGAAAUUAAAGUAGAUGACAUCUCAAACGAAAAUUCGGCGGAUAAAUUCAACAAAGAUGAACUUACAAGCAACCACUCGAAUCAUGUGUUAGUUAUAGCAGCUUGCACUGCGGUGGCGUUGGCAACAUCAGUGGCUAUAUUUAUUUACGGGAAGAAAGCACUAAUUGACUAUUUGCAAUCUGGGAAAUAUGAUCUUCCAGAAGACACGAGAGACGCUAUAGGUAAUCAUGAAAUGUCACAAGUACAUUGCUAAGCGCAUGCUCUGCUCGACUGUCACCAUUGUAAGAUGGCAUCCAACACAACCCUGAUGUCUAGAGAAGCCACUUUGUUAUAUAAAGAGGGAGGAUGCUUUGGAGGUCAGAAUACGCUGAACAAACGCAACUUCAGACAGGUCGGCGUUCGGUCAACUUCGGACAUCGUCGACGAUUCUCGUAACAAGAACAGCCUUCGUAGUUUUUGUGCAGGGACGAACUGACAACAUACUUUUAAAAAAUCUUACUUCUUCUUCUUAUCUAAUAUUAAUUCAGAUUUUAUUAUUAUGAUACUGAAAUAUUCAUAAAUAGCAAACAUUUUGUAAGUACCUAUCAGUCAUUCAACAGUUUCGAUACCGCACAUCUAAAUUCUAAAACAUAUAAAUCUUAAUUCUUUUGAUUCAUAAUCUUCAUAUAUAUAGAAAUACUCUAAAUUGCAAUCUUCUCAACGGAUCUAAGAGCUUUAUGGUCGUAUACUUAUUUCAAUGAUCAAUUUUUCUAUUAAUAAAGUAUCAAAUUUAUGUGUUAAUAUUAAUGAAUAAUCUAAGCCUUUUUUUGUCAGCGUUAUACAAAACAGUCUAAUAAUAUCACUACAAUCCGUAUCUGUGGGGGGUGCAAUGUUCACGCCUGCGCUCUCCUCCGCUACGACACCGCCUCAUGUUCGACAUGAUCAGACCUAUAUAACAUCGAGAUUAACAAAACCGACUUCAACAUUCACAAAAUAUUCAAAAAAACGGUCUAAUUGUGCUGUGUUUAAGUGGUUUUUACUAUAAUAGAGAAUUUGGACGGUUAUCGUGAUUGAGAUAUAAGUGAUGAGGUGAACCACGGAAGGCUUGCGGUAUAUUGAAUUAUACAGCCCGCUGUCGGCCGUGGCGCGGUGAUGUCGGAAUGGAGGUGGUCGCGCUGGUGGUGUGCGCGUUGGUUGUGAGCGCAGCGCCGAACGCCACCCGCCGCCGAGAAGCGCCCGACCACGAUGAAGACGAGCUCGACUACUACGAUGAAGCCAAGAUCAAUAUAUCAGAAAAGGGUAUGUAUCUCGGAUCUCCGUGCGAGUUCACUUGCAACCCCCGUCUGCUUCACGUGUACUGCGAGCCAAGAACCAGCUCGUGCCAGUGUGAUCUUAAAUACCCCGUGUCGCUCGGGGUCGCCAGAGGCUGCGCUAAGCCAAAGAAACUGGGCGAGCAAUGUUUCUACCAGGAGACUUGUCGGGCGUUCGACCCUCACGCAUCCUGUGCGCAGAUCAAUCACAACGCGUACUGCCAGUGCGAUGCCGGUUACCACACCACCACACACUCCAGACCCACCCAAAGAAUCUUCUGCACUGAAGACUUGGUACUGCUGACGGCGGAUAUGCCGACGCUGUUAGGAGUAUCGUCGGGCAUCUUCGUUCUGGCGGGACUGUUGUGUAUGGUGCUACACCUGUACACGAAGGCGCGCUACCAUCCGGCACACUUGGCAGACGCCAGGCUCACACCGCCCUGCCUGUACUCGCUUAAUGAUACCGGAGGUACACUGAGUGCUACCCGCGCCUCGUCCCGAGCGUCUUCUCGUAGCGGCUGCACUAGCGGUACCCUGGAGGAGUCUCGGCGGGAGUCUCGGCGCGGGGCGUCCCGGGCAGGUGCGGCGCGGACGGCGGCCAUCUUGCUAAUCUCGCGCCACCUGAAGGCCGUAAGGGACGGCGGCGCGCACCCGAAGUGCGCCGCCAAAGGUUCGAGACGUCCAAGUUUAAGUUCAGUGCAGAGCAGCUCAUCCUCGAUUAGGAGUUAUAGUGCGAAGAAGUGGGAGAGAGAAAGAGAACAGAAAGAGAGACGGCAAAUGAGCAUGCGCCUGGCACAGCUUCACGACAAGAUGACGGCCGGACGAGAUCUCCCAAAACACGCCCCGACUCCGUCGCCACGUUCACCCAACAACUCCACUGAUGGGCUGCUUCCAGCUGUAUGUGAAAUUAGAGAAUUAGGAGCAAGUUCAGAGCAACAACUGCAGGGCGUGGACGGGCCUUGCUCGAGUUCCUCGCUUUACUGACAGCAAAGGUCAACGACCAUCAGGUCGAUUGACUCCCUCUCGUCGGACGGCACGCCCGCCGUCGCCUGGAUGUAGGUACAUACGAACAUUCAUUUAGAAGCAUUACGAGAAAGAAGACUUACAAGAGGUGCGUGUGUGAGGCUAAGUGGUUCCACCAGAUACAGUACUAUUGAUCGAAGUAUUUGAAGAAAACCCCGUCAUAUCGAAUUAUUCUAGGCAUCGCGUUUAAAUAUGUUGUGAUUUCUUGUCGAUAGAAUAAGAGUCCAGAAUGUCCGUUACAAUAAAAAAAAAAACUAAUAGAAAAAAAUAGGAAAAAUAGAUAUUUCAAAUAACUAAGCCACUAAAUGUAGAAUAUUGUUAAUUGAGACGUCAUAAUAUGCUGGUGAUAUUCAAUGCUAUUUAUAUUUUUAAGGACGAUGUGAGAUGAAACUAGUAUUGAUGGCUGACAAAUGAUUUACCUAAUUGAAAUUUAUAGAAAAUGAAGUGCUUAAGGCUUCUAGGGAGAAGCUUUGUCGAAUGUAGCGUUAGGUCGAAGUUAAUGUAUUAAUUAUAUUAAGGACAGCAUUUGUUAAAUGACGUUAAAUAUAGAUAUAAUGAAAUUAUUUAUAUGAAUAUAUGAUGAGUAUAAGUAAGCUUUAGAUUAGUCGGCUUUUUUUAAACGGCGAUAUAUAUUUUUAAAAAGCUCAGCAUAUAACUAAAUAGUGAAAGUAUAUCGCACCGAUUCCAUACCAUAUAAAAUAAUUUUAUCAUAACCUCAAUUUAUAUUUUUUAAUAAUUAUACAUUAUGUACUUCUUAUAUCUAAUUGUUGGUAAACGAAAUGAAUACUUUAAACUAUUCACAGUGUGUCCGUAACUUAGAUAUAUAUUACAAGCCGACUAAACUAAAUGACGUCCGUACUCGUUUCGACUUAGUGUAUCGAUAUAUUAUGUGUUACGAUUUAAUUGACAACUAUAAUGUUAGCGCUAUGGUUUGCCUUUGUACAAAGUUUUGUUAAUAAAAAAAAAUAUUUAGAAAUUAUUUAAGCCAGUGUUAUGUUGGAUAAAACCAAAUAAAUGUUAUUUGUAUA